AAUUUAAUUUGGAUAUAAUGGCUUGAGCGAGUGAAGUGGCGAUUGUCUCUCUGCCAUCACAACGCAAUUGUGCAGUCUCCAACUGCUUCUACAUUCCACCUUUCAUCUCUUUCUCUCAAACCUAUUCAGCUUGUGCUUCUGGCUGGCCCAGAUUUGUGGAACCUGCUGCUGAAAAUUUUGAAUUUUGAAUUGUGGGUCAAGUAGAUAAGCUGCAUUGGAUUGGUUUAGUUGCUGUAGUUUGGUUAAAGAAUAGAGUGAGUUGAAAUGAGUGUGGUGGGUUUUGACAUUGGAAAUGAGAACUGUGUCAUUGCUGCAGUGAAGCAACGUGGGGUCGAUGUUUUGUUGAAUGAUGAAUCAAAACGUGAAACCCCUGCUGUGGUUUGCUUUGGGGAGAAGCAAAGGUUUCUAGGCUCAGCUGGUGCUGUUUCUGCUUUGAUGCACCCAAAGUCCACAAUAUCUCAAGUCAAAAGACUUAUAGGCAGAAAAUUUGCAGAUUUUGGUGUUCAAAAUGAGUUAAAAAUGCUACCCUUUGAAACAUCUGAAGGCCCUGAUGGUGGCAUUCUUAUUCACUUGAAAUACUUGAAGGAGGCUUGUACGUUUACCCCGGUGCAAAUAGCAGCAAUGCUCUUUGCUCACUUGAAGACUAUAGCCGAAAAAGAUUUGGGGACUUCGGUUUCAGAUUGUGUUAUCGGGGUUCCUUCGUACUUUACCAACUUGCAGAGACAGGCAUAUCUCAAUGCAGCUACAAUUGUUGGGUUGAAGCCUUUGAGGUUGAUCCAUGAUUGCACUGCAACUGCUCUUAGUUAUGGAGUUUAUAAAACAGAUUCUCCUCGUGCAUCUCCUUUUAAUGUUGCAUUUAUUGACAUAGGUCAUUGUGAUACUCAGGUAUCUAUUGCAGCAUUUCAGGCUGGGAAAAUGGAGAUACUUUCACAUGCUUUUGACAGGAGCUUAGGAGGGAGAGACUUUGAUGAGGUUCUGUUUAGUCAUUUUGCAGAAAAAUUUAAGGAGCAGUACAGCAUUGACGUGUAUUCUAAUGCCAGGGCAUGUAAUAGGCUGCGUGCAGCAUGUGAGAAGUUGAAGAAAGUUUUGAGUGCAAAUACAGAAGCGCCUCUGAACAUUGAGUGUUUGAUGGAUGAAAAAGAUGUUAAAGGCUUUAUCAAAAGGGAAGAAUUUGAGACUCUGGCGUCAGGAUUAUUGGAGAGAAUUAAUGUUCCUUGCAACAAAGCAUUAGCUGAUGCUGGAUUGACUCUAGAAAAGAUUAAUUCUGUUGAGUUAGUUGGUUCAGGUUCAAGAAUUCCAGCUAUAACUAGAUUAUUAAGGUCUCUAUUUAAGAGAGAACUCAGCCGAACACUGAAUGCCAGUGAAUGUGUAGCUCGUGGUUGUGCUCUACAGUGUGCAAUGCUCAGUCCUGUUUUGCACUCCAGAGAAUAUCAGGUUCAGGAUUCUUUUCCUUUUUCUAUUGGACUUUCAUCAAAUGAAGGCCCAACUUGUGCAGGGUCAAAUGAUGUACUCUUCCCAAGAGGCCAACCCAUUCCAAGUGUUAAAAUUCUAACAUUUCAGUGCAGCAAUAUGCUCCACUUAGAAGCAUUCUAUGCUAAUCCAGAUGAAGUACCGCCUGGGACAUCUAAAAUUAGUUGCUUCAAGAUUGGUCCUUUCCAUAGAUCCCAUGGAAGUAAGACAAGAAUUAAAGUUCAAGUUCAACUGAACUUGCAUGGUAUUGUCAGUAUUGAAUCAGCUACAGUAAGUAAGAAGACUCAUUUUUAUCUCUUCAUGUUGUGUCUUCAGUUGAUCGAGGAUCAUGUAGAUGUUUCAGUUACAACAGGUGAUGGUCAUUCAAAUUCUGAAGCAGUGGAUGUUGAACCUGUUUCUGAGAGAGUUGAAAGUGUCACUGGAGAUAAUAUCAGAAGAAAGUGUGAAUCGCCACAUCACUCUGCUGAUGGUACAAGAAAAGAUAAAGCUAACAGAAGCCUUCAUAUACCAGUGAGUGAGAGUGUCUAUGGUGGAAUGACCAAGGCUGAGAUCUUGGAAGCUCAAGAGAAAGAACACCAGUUAGCCCAGCAUGACAGAACAAUGGAGCUAACCAAAGACAAGAGGAAUUCCUUGGAGUCUUAUGUUUAUGAAAUGAGGAGUAAGCUCUUCAACACAUAUCGGAGCUUUGCAAGUGAACAAGAGAGGGAUGGCAUAUCAAGGAGUCUGCAAGAGACUGAGGAUUGGCUUUAUGAUGGUGGUGAUGAUGAAACUGUACAUGCUUAUUCAGCAAAACUAGAAGAAAUAAAACAGCUGGUGGAUCCAAUUGAGAAUCGGUAUAAAGAUGAAGAAGAAAGAGCCCAAGCUACAAGAGAUUUGCUAAGUUGCAUUGUAGAGCAUCGAAUGUCUGCAGAUUCUCUUCCACCUCAGAAUAAAGAACUGAUUAACAAUGAGUGCAACAAAGCAGAGCAGUGGCUAAGAGAGAAGAUGCAGCUACAAGAUUCUUUGCCUAAGAGCUGUGAUCCGGUAUUUUGGUCAAGUGAUAUCAAGAGCAAGACAGAGGAUUUAAACCUAAUAUGCCAACGAAUAUUGAAGCCAAAGGAUUCUCCAAUUACAGAAGACAAGCAGAAUGCUUCUAAUCAUCAAUAAAGACGAUGAUGUGGUGAUACCCCAUCAACUGAAGACUUAAAUUGUUGUUAGCUAAUAGCUUUUGACAAACGUGGACCCUUUUUUUGGGACAAUUUUUCCUCCCUGUCUAGGGACAGGGAAGUCAUUGGCAGUUACUGGUUCAAGCUGUUUUUUUAAGGCCCCCCGUUCUUCUAAGACAUCCAAUGAUUUUCUCUUCAUUUUUUUAUUUAACCCUUUUCAUGUCACAUAAUUCCUUUAGUUUGUUCGUGUACCAUGGGAGUAAAUAUGUACCCAUGAUGAAUGCGUAGGUUUUUUUUCCCCCUAUUUUUAUAAGAUGUACAUACUGUAUUUG